GUGCCCGUGUCCUGCGUGUGGGGCCAGACAGAGCUGGCCCUGUUGCAUAAAUCAGAGUCCUGUGGCCAGAGGAGAUUUCAGCAAUCGAGGAGGAGGGCGGGGAGCAGAGGACACGCUCUGUAAUUGAGGAUCAAAGCUCCUGGUUUCUGCCUCUCCAUCCACACAGGGAGCUGCUCCCCGAGCAGGGCAGCAGAGCUCUGCAGCAUCCGCUUCCCGGCCGUGUUGGGGCACGUGGACAGGACGCUUUGGGAAGCGGGGAUGGAUGUGAAGAGGAGCACCCCGAGCUACCUGUACUGGCUCUUCUGCCAGUUCGAGCUGAUCACCUGCAGUUACCUGAUGGAGCCCUGGGAGAAGCUGCUCUUCUACUCCUUCAACCUGGCCAUGGCCGGGCUGCUGCUCUACACUGCCUAUGUCUGCGUGGCUUUCCACCUCAGCUCGGCCUUCCAGCUCCUCUGGAGCUUCCUGGGAAACCCACGGGAAAAUGCUCUGUCUGUGGUGAAGUAAAACCAUCAUCAACCUGCCUUUGGGGUGAAAGAAGUGUUUUCCUGAACGUCCCAUUUUUGUCCAGGAGCAGGUACAAACUCUGCUUUCUUCUCUCUUUGUGUUCUGCUCCAACAGCGAAUUAUUUUGCCUAAACAGCUCCAAUCAAUCCCUGUUUUUACUGUUUGCUUCUUCAAGAGCUUUCAAUUUUCAUGACCCACUGGAAUUACAGAGCUGGGAUUGGGACAGGAACAACCUCCCUGAAGAUUUUGUUAUUCCAGGGAAAGCUGCUUGGACAUGGAGAGUUUUCAUCUGGAGAAAUGAUACGGUGUGGAUUUGUUCCUGUCUGCCAGAAGAGAUGUGCACACAAAAAUCCUGGAGGAGUGGGAGCUGCUUCCCUGAGCUUGCUGUGUGUUUAUGGAAUGAUUUCAGUAUUUAUUCAGUCUCCUUGAUUGUUUUAUACAAUGAAUUACUUGACUGGUUUGUUAUAAUGAUGCAAAUAAUGCAGUUGAUUCAUAAAGAAUGUGAGGAUGUGCUGCUGUGAAUCAUGAUGAAAUUCUCAGAUUCUUGGGCUUUAUAAAAACAGAGCAUUUUUGGUUUGCUUUUAGAAGACAUGUAUCCCAUAGGGAACAUGAAACCACAGAUUCCCUUGUGGUAGGGUUUCAGCUGAAAAUAAAACCCCUAAAAACUGUAAAA